AAGAAAAAGAGAAAAAAAAAAAUUAGAAUGAUGACGCUUGAGUGAAGCGACGUCGUUUGCAAAUGACGAAAGAAAAACGAGGGCGCCGGCACGCCGAAGGGAGGAUGGAAGAGUGGUGGAGUCCGAAGUGCCGUUUCCCAGAGAAUUUCUUGAACUGAAGCAAUGGAUUCAGGUUGCUCCGCAGAGAAAGAUUGGGGGGAGAAGGUUUCGGAGAAGGUGAUCUCGCUGUACAAUUCUCUUCCCAAGAAAGGAAAGCCUCAGGGACGCGAAGUCACUGUCUUGGCCUCGUUUCUCAUUUCCUCUCCUUCUCAAGAUUUAGAAGUUGUUUCCUUAGGAACGGGAACAAAAUGCAUUGGACGCUCGCAAUUGAGCACGCAGGGUGACAUUGUUAAUGAUUCACACGCUGAGAUUAUUGCGAGAAGAGCUUUACUGAGGUUCUUCUAUUCAGAGCUUCAACGUCUCUCCAAUAUUUUAAAUAAGCUUGGAAAUGAUAAUGGGAGCAGACAAUUGCAAAGUGAUGACUUCAGAAACUGCCUUUUCCACUUGGAUCAAGAUGGUUCUAAUCAAGGAAAAUUCAAACUGAGAGCGGGUUGGCAAUUGCAUCUGUACAUCUCGCAGUUGCCAUGUGGAGAUGCUUCUGUAAAUUCACCCUUAUUGUCAUCGAGAAACACCUUCCAAAGAGAAGAGGCUUCACCAUUGCCAAUGGCCAAGCUUAAUGGUUCCAUAAGUGAGCUUUUAGGGGCUCUGGAGGAGAAUAAUGCUAAUGAUUCUCAACUCAGUGGCAUGGUUCAGAGGAAGCCUGGUCGAGGUGACACUACAGUGUCAGUUAGCUGCUCUGACAAGAUCGCUCGUUGGAAUGUUCUUGGAGUUCAAGGAGCUCUACUUUCCUACUUUGUUCAUCCUGUUUAUCUUUCUUCCAUCACUGUUGGAAAAUUGCCUAGCAGUUUUCAACAUAUUCCUUUGGAGCGCCACUUGCAAAGAUCUUUGUAUGAUCGAAUCUUACCAUUAUCAAAUAAUUUGAUUGCCCCCUUUCAAAUAAACAAGCCACUAUUUUGUCCAGCAUCUGUACCACCCAAAGAAUUUCAGCAUGCUGAUACUGCUCUGGCCACUUUAACAUGCGGGUAUUCCAUAUGUUGGAAUAAGUCUGGCUUGCAUGAAGUUGUUCUUGGGACCACAGGAAGAAAACAAGGGACCUCUGCUAAAGGAGCACUUUCUCCCUCUUCUGAGUCAUCUCUGUGCAAGUAAGCUGACAAAAAACGAUUAUUACUGAUUUUCUUGACACUAAGGCAGGACUUAGAACAUAAGAGCCCAACUAAAGGGAUUUCUUAUCGAGGACUCAAGGUUAUGUACUGAUGGAUUCUUUUAUGAUCUGAAUGAGAAUAUAAAUUAAGAAAGUGAAAUACUUAUUUACCUAUCAUUUUGAUGUUAUUAUUUAAUUUGAUAAACAUUUGGUUUGAUAUGCACUAAUUCUUCAUUCACAUGUGAUGACUAUGGAGAAUAUCUUCUAAUUGUUUUACAGAAUCAGGCAGCAUAAUGUAGUCUUCUGGUUUUAUUUAGAAUUGAGUUGGAAAUGCUGAAUUUAUUUUCUGGGGCAAAACAAUGAUACAAAAUUUUAGUUAAUGUUGCUAGUGCAAUCUGGGAUAUAAUGAUACUUCAGCAGCUCCCUUCUGGAACUGUUUGGGAAGCAUCUUUUUAGGUGAUGCAUGCAUGUUGGAAAAUUUUGAUUUGCUAGCUUUUUCUUUACUAACCAUGGUGCUAAUUAUAGGUGCUUAUAAAGUUUUUUUACUGAUAUAAUUUGGUAAAUUUCCUGCAGAAUGGUGUUGAAGCCUACAGUUUAACUUCAAAAACUUUUAAAGGAAAGCAACCUUUUAACAAUUGGCCAGUGAAACCAUUGAACUUGGAGGCCUUCUCUCCAUUUUGAGGUAGGAAGGUAUGUGAUUCUUGGAAUUUUGGUGUUUUCUAUGCAACAUCACCAUGUAUCACCCAUUUGUAUUUUAGUCAUCGGCUGAUUACAUUGAAGUAUGAACUUAGUAUGGUCCUAACAGACUUAUUAUCGUGUCUUUAACAAUUAAAACACGUGGUUAUCAUUGCCUUGAUGCGGCAAGCAUUCACUGGCAAUAAAUUGUUGCUAACUGAAAAUCUUCAGGUUUAUCUUUGAGAUCCAGAAGGAUUUACAUCAAUGCUUCUGCUUGUAUGGGCAGACGAAUAACGAUCACUAUAUACUCCGUGAAGUGUAAGGCUGUUUUUGGAGCUGCUGCGGCGGCAUAGAUCACUGUUAAAUUCUGUUAUUGCUGAUUUGAAAAGCCUUGAUGACAAAACUUUGAUAACAAAAUAGAAAGUGUAAAUAAGCUAUUUGUUGUGUGUUUAAUUUAAAUUGUUUUUAGGGUAUAAUGACAAAAUGUCAAGAACUUUAUAUUACUUUAAUAAAAAAAUGAUGGAUCCAA